GUCGUAAGGCACACUGACAUUCACUUCCAGAUUCAGCUAAGGAAGAAGCACCGCUCCUAUUCACCAUGAAAACUAUCAGCGUUGCCCUUUUGGCGUUGGUGGCCCUUUUUGCCCUGAUGGAGGUCACUGGAGCCCUGCCAGCACCCGAACCUAGCCGACGCCACUUCUUUGGAGGAAGUCCCUAUGGCUUCGGCGGUUACGGCUAUAGACCUCACGGAUUCGGCUUUGGCUACGGCGGAUACGGCGGUGGUUUUGGAGGCUUUGGAGGUGGAUUUGGUGGAUAUGGUGGUGGUUUCUUCGGUUGAGAAACAUCUUAUCUUCCAUGAAGACAUCGGAAGUUAGAACGUCAAUGACAUCCAUAAAUUGUUUAAUGUUCGAAAAAAUUAUAACUGGCCGAUUUAUGUAAAUGAAAAUAUGAGUUUAUUUUUCUAUAAAUUAUAAUAGAUUUUCUUCUUAAAAAUC